CUCCUCCCUGACCAUCGAAGCACAGAACCUCCUGUCUGCUCAGUACUAACAGUAGCUACGCUCUUAAAAUCGGAGUAGGCUCGUAGUACAAUGGCCUCCGUCUGCUCCAAGGUGGUGGCGCUUGGUGCACUCUUCUCCCUCCUUGUCACGUAUGGUUCGUGCGCUAGGCCGGUGAACUUUAACGCCUCCGACUUCACCGCCGACCCUAACUGGGAUGCCGCCAGGGCCACCUGGUAUGGCGCGCCCACCGGCGCCGGCCCUGACGACGACGGUGGUGCCUGCGGAUUCAAGAACGUGAACCUGCCGCCAUUCUCGGCCAUGACGUCGUGCGGCAACGAGCCCCUGUUCAAGGACGGCAAGGGCUGCGGCUCCUGCUAUCAGAUAAGAUGCGUCAACCACCCUGCGUGCUCCGGCAACCCGGAGACGGUCAUCAUCACCGACAUGAACUACUACCCGGUCGCCAAGUACCACUUCGACCUCAGCGGCACGGCGUUCGGUGCCAUGGCCAAGCCUGGCCUCAACGACGAGCUCCGCCACGCCGGCAUCAUCGACAUCCAGUUCAAGAGAGUGCCUUGCAACUACCCGGGGCAGAAGGUGACGUUCCACGUCGAGAAGGGCUCGAACCCGGUCUACUUCGCGGUGCUCGUCGAGUUCGAAGACGGCGACGGCGAUGUGGUGCAGGUGGAUCUCAUGGAGGGCAACUCCGGGUCUUGGACGCCGAUGCGCGAGUCGUGGGGAUCCAUCUGGAGGCUGGACUCCAACCACCGGCUGCAGGCGCCAUUCUCGCUGCGCAUCACCAACGAGUCCGGCAGGACGCUGGUGGCGAACCAGGUCAUCCCGGCCAACUGGGUGCCCAACACCUACUACCGCUCCAUCAUCCAGUAUUAGCUAAAGAUAAUUCCGUGUCAUUGGGUAGAAUAGUUUGGUACUGUAUCUCGUUGCAUCGGAUUGAGGUGCUUUAUUUAGUAGGUGAGACGUCGAGUGUUGUUGCGUUGUGUGUCUUCAAGAUCGACGAGUGGGAAAUGGAGGCAGGUUUGCAUGUGCUUUCCAGCCCACUGUCAAUGCAUGUACUAGUGUGAUCAAGAUUAUAAAUUGUUAACA